GGGUCACGGACAACCUGUUUUUCACACAUACAACACUUCCUAACAAACUAAUUCACUCCCCCCUCAAUCCAAACGUCACACACAUUCCACGCUUCCUUCUUCUUCUUCUUCUUCUUCUUUCUCUCUUCCACGAAGAAGCAAUGCAGCAGCACCAUCUCUCCCUCCUCCUCCUCCUCCUCCUCCUCCCAACCACCGCCUCUCUCGGCGUCACCUACUCCAACAACCGCCAACAACCAGACCGCAUCGCCGCCGCAAUGCAAACCCUCAAACUCACCUCCAUCCGCCUCAAAGAACCCGACCCAGCCAUCAUGCGCUCCCUUCUCUACUCCAACAUCUCCAUCUUCCUCACCGUCCCCAACCACAUGGUCACUUCCAUGGCCAAUAACCUCUCCACCGCACGCGCCUGGAUCUACACCCACGUCGUCCCGUACUACCCACGCGCCAAGAUCACCACCAUCUCCGUUGGCAACGCCUUCAUCGAUGUCUACCCUCAGGCCGCCAAUAACCUCCUCCUGGCUAUCUCCAAUAUCCAGGUCUCCCUCCGUGACCUCGGCAUCCGCAAGAUCGCCGUCUCCACCUCGUUCUCCUUCGACACCGUCGUUACCUCCCCGUUCCCGCCGUCCUCUGCCACUUUCCAAGAUCCCGCCGGCGUCAACCUCAUGGGCUCGCUCCUGGAAUUCUUGAGCGACAACAAUUUCUCGUUCUUGAUCAACCUCUACCCUUACAACCUCUACCGCCUCCACCCGGAGAUCCCCCUCGGUCUCGCGCUGUUUCAAGAAAACUCGUUCAACUUCCACGAUGACGUCACCACCAGGUCUCGCUACUGGAACCUCUUCGACAUGAUGGUCGACGCCGUCGCCUCUGCCAUGGCCGAGGCUGGGUACGAAACAAUCCCAAUCGUUGUCACUGAGACAGGGUGGCCGAGCUCCGACGCCGCCGACGAGUUCAACGCGAAUUUGGGGUACGCCGAGACCUAUUUGAGGGGUUUGGUGAAUCAUCUGAGUUCAGGAACCGGAACGCCUCUGUUGAAAGAUGGGGUUCAACAGGUUUAUGUGUACGAGCUUUUUGACAGGAAAGGAACAACAACGGGUCGCGAUUGGGGGAUUCUGUACCCUAAUGGCACAGCUAAGUACCACGUUGAUUUCUCUGCUGUUUCAUCACGUUCUUCCAUUACUGUGGCUUUGGUGAUUUUCUGGCUUCUGGUUCAGUUGGUCUACUGAGUAGUGACUCUGUUCUCUCGUUUGGCAUCUUGUUAGGAACGGGGUAUUUUUUUUUAAUUAGGUUUUGAAUUAAUGUGAUUUUCAGGAAAA